GAAGCAUUCAUUUCGUUGCAACGUUCUUUCUAGCACCCUUGCUGAAGUACAUGCGUCUCAGGAAUCAUGCCUCAAUCAGGCCUAGUCAAGGCAGACUCGAGAUGAGUCGCGAAGCCCCAAAGUCCCCUGAGCAAACGGCACGGUAAUCGUUGGUAAAAAUGCAUAUUAUGAGGCGUGUGUUUCCUUCACCAGGUCUCAUUAGUUUCUGUUGCUGUUUUCUUCAUCUCUCCUCAUGUUGUGUCUCCGCCAGCGUUCGCUCAGCCGAGCGCUCUUAGGAAUACUUUCUCUCUCGAUACUGCCCGUUCGAGCUGCCUACUUCACCGAACCUCCAAGUUUCGAAAUUGACCGAACCGGUGCACGUGUGACCGUCCCGGAUCUCAACAGCACUUAUGUGCUUGGACAAAAGGUUCACAUCACAUGGGAAGUCCCGACUGUACCAUGGAUUUCUCUGAGUCUAGUGCACUGGGGGCAAGAUGCCGGCAUAGCUGUCGCGUCUUUCAUCAGUAAGAUCGACAAUAUUGCAAGAUGCUCCAGCAUGAUAAUACUAACUGACGCCUUGCGAAGCCAAUGAUAGAAACAAUGGGUAUUAUACCUGGUACAUUGGAGAAAAGGAUGGCAUCACGGAGGAGACCAUAGCCACAAACCCCAACUUUGCUCUAAGA